AUGAAGAAAAGCGUGGAAACAGCAACGACCAAGGUGGUAGCUGCAGCUGCGGCAGCCGCAGCCGCCGCUAGUUUGGCAGAAAAUGUUGAUCUCUGGACGCAGCAAGAUUGGAUUAAGAACAUUCUAUCCAAAUCGGGAACAGAAAUAAAAGAGGUUCCAACAGAAGAUCUAUGCAAGAUGGUGUAUUAUUCGGGUCUCCCGUUGCUCAUGACGCAGCAGCAAGCACAGCAACAACAGCAGCAACACCAGGACGGAGCGGUCCUUCAGAUGGGGUACAACGAUGGGAAUGGAGCCGAUCAGUAUGCGUCGAUGGCGGGUCCACCUUCGCGAAAUGGCGGCACCAAUCCUUACCAACAGCAGCAUCACACAGUCAGCCUCACAAACGGACUGACGAUCACGAAUGGAUCGCAAGGUUGUAGCAGCAACACCAACAACAGCAGUAGUGCCAGCAGUAACACAAGCAAUGGGCAGUUGACAAUUGUGCUCAAUCCGCCAGCACCAAGUGGUAGUUCGACCUAUCCUGCAUCUCCCAUUGGAGGAGGAUCGUCCUCAGGAACGGAACCUGCGUCAUAUCCUGUGCCAGUCAACGGUUCAAUUGGCAACUCAAAGUUCCGCUGCGAACAGUGCAACAUCAGCUUCGGUAGCAAGAGUGCCCACACGAGUCACAUGAAGUCUCACGCCAAGCAGGCGACCAGUGAGAAGAUGGGUGGAAAAAGCGUAGAUUCGGUGACUAUUUCCGCCAGUGAUGCUGGCGGUUCUGGAGCGGGAACUGGAUCGGCAGGUCAGCUCCAGACGAGCCAGCAGCCAGAUCCGUACCAGUGCGAUGUGUGUAAGAAAACAUUUGCCGUUCCAGCGCGAUUGGUGCGGCAUUAUCGAACGCAUACCGGAGAGCGUCCGUUUGAGUGCGAGUUUUGCCAUAAAAUGUUUAGCGUGAAGGAAAAUCUGCAGGUACAUCGGCGGAUCCACACGAAGGAGCGUCCGUACAAGUGCGAGAUUUGUGGGCGAGCCUUUGAGCAUAGCGGAAAGCUGCACCGGCACAUGCGCAUUCACACGGGCGAACGGCCGCACAAAUGCAACGUGUGCGGGAAAACGUUCAUACAAUCCGGCCAGCUUGUGAUCCACAUGCGAACACAUACCGGUGAAAAACCAUACAAAUGCCCAGUGGAAGGCUGCGGUAAGGGUUUCACAUGCAGCAAACAGCUCAAGGUGCACUCCCGGACGCAUACGGGCGAGAAACCGUACCAUUGUGAUAUUUGUUUCCGGGACUUUGGCUACAACCACGUGCUGAAGCUGCACCGCGUGCAGCAUUACGGAGCCAAAUGCUACAAGUGCACGAUCUGUGAGGAAACGUUCAAAAGCAAAAAGGAGAUGGAGGCACACAUUAAGGGCCACGCGAAUGAGCUGCCCGAUGAGGAGGAAACGGUUGAGGGUGGUGCAGCCUGCAAACAGGAGGACGCGCUGUCGUCAGCGGUAGACCCGUCCGAUCCGUCCUCCGUCCUGGAGGGUGGAAGUGGAAGCAAUAGCAACAGCAGCAGUAGUAGCAGCAGCGGUAGCAAUAGUAACAGUUCGUUUGAAUAUUCGUCUAGCAUGAGCCAUACCGAGGGCUUAGAAACCGGGUCUAUGGCAGGUGAAUGUGCGGAGAAAACGUUGAGCAGAGCACAUUUCACGAGCAUGAAACCUUCGGUGGGAUCUCCCUCCAUCCCUUCGUCCCGUGUGGCAAUGCUUGAGGGGAUGCAGAUGUCUCAGGGUGAUGAAAACGGCGAGGAAGAAAACGACGAUGAUGAGGAAGAUAUCGAUCGAAAGCAGAUUACCAACCAGUACACCCAGCCGUACGAUCAAUCGCUACAUCGAGCAUAUGGAGGAGGCGUUCCAACGGGUGGCGUUGCACCAGCACUUCUGGCCGCAGCAUCGAUGGCUGCAGCUGUGGAAAAUGAAUGCCGUGAAGUAAAGUUUUGUCCGGACGUGAAGCAACAGCAACGCUCGAUCUCGCCAACGCAACCGUCUUCAAUUUCGAUCUCGAGGAUCACUCCACCGCCGUCUCAUGGUUCCUCGUCUUCAUCGUGUUCAUCCUCAUCGAUUUUAUCGAUUACACCGUCCACCGGUGCUGCGCCUGUGUUACACGAGUCGGUUGGAACCGGCAUGACAUCGGCUUCAGGGCAAUACAUGUACGAACCAAUGGCAAUCAUGAAACAUCACGGAUACUUUGCACCCGCCUCGCAGAUUACAGAGUUUCGAUCGUCCAGUGAUAUCGUGCGGCAGGUGGAAGCGGCGAUUGCUGGCACGGAAAACCUACUGACACCGCCACGCUCAUCACCCGAAUCACCCGAUCGCUCAUCAUCGCCCGAAUCCGAUUCAGUAUUAAUGGCGGACAGGGACAACAACACGCUGCCACCCCGCAAACGGAAGCUGUACUUCAAGGACAGUCAACAACACCAGCCACAAUCAGCUUCGGCUCCGAAACUGCCUGCAUUGGAUGAUCAACAGCGGCUGCAACACCAAGGACACUACACCGUGACGCGAGCACCGAUGGAGCUCGUACAGCAGGCUCAACCGGAGGCUCAUUCUAGCCAACAUUCGCAACAACUGUUCCCCAACAGUCUGCCGCAGCACGCAACGGAACAACAGCACCAUGAGCAGCAGCAGUAUCAUCAACAUAGGCCCGAAGGAGGCCGCUCCAUCAAGAUGGAAAUGUUGCAGAGUACAUCCCCGAACCAUGAGCAACGGCUUGCCUCACCAACUCCGUCAGCACCGCCGCAAACGGGAGCUACCAGCGUCAUCCGGAUGAGCUCCGUCAUCCAGUACGCAAACAAGUCAUCGUAG